GACACAGUGGGAGGAGAGCACAACAGAUACAACCAGGAGCUGCUGACAAGAGUCCUCCAGUGGUCAGAGAGGGAGCAUCAUGUCUUCUCUCGGAGUGGUGAGCCUGUUGGUGUUGCUGCUCGUAGCAGCCUCAUCUGGGCGACAGGGCGUCGGUCCUGGCGAGCAGGACUGGGGCUACAUAGACGUUCGUGAUGGGGCGCACAUGUUCUACUGGCUGUACUACACCACCGCCACGUCCGACUAUGCCACGCGCCCGCUCGUCAUCUGGCUGCAAGGAGGGCCCGGAGCCUCUGGCACAGGGUACGGAAACUUCGAGGAGCUCGGCAUUGUUGACGCAAACCUCAACGUCCGGAACUCGUCUUGGGUUCACAAGGUGAAUGUAUUGUUUAUAGAUAAUCCUGUGGGAACAGGAUUCAGUUAUGUGGACAAUUACUCCUUAUAUACAACUACAAAUGCAGAAAUUGCUGCUGAUUUAAUUACUUUCAUUAAAGCAUUUCUGGAACAGUACCCAACUUUUCAAACUGUUCCACUCUACAUAUUCAGUGAAUCAUAUGGUGGGAAAAUGGCAGCAGAGUUUGCCCUUGAACUUUACAAGGCAAUACAAGCUGGAGAAGUGACAGUUCCACUUAAAGGAGUUGCUAUGGGAGAUUCUUGGAUUUCUCCCAUAGAUUCAGUACUCACCUGGGCACCAUUUCUUCUGCAAACAGGAAUGGUAGAUAGCGAAGGUUAUGCUCAAAUUGAUCGGUAUGCUCAGUUAACAAAGAAUGCUAUCAAUGCUGGAGAUUAUAGUUUGGCCACAUCAUUAUGGUCAACUACAGAAGGUAUUAUUUUAUCAGUAACAUACAAUAUAGAUUUCUACAAUAUACUGUACAAAGUGUACGGUUAUGGAAGGCACAUGGCCAAACAAGAGUUCAGAGGAUUGAAUCGUGUAAGUGAUGCAGAGCUAUACGAACUGAUGAAUGGCUAUGUGAAAAACACCUUGGGAGAUGUCAUUCCUUCUGAUGUUUACUGGGAUUCUCAGGGUUCUAAUGUUUUUAGUGCUCUAUAUGAAGAUUUCAUGAAGCCAGUAACAGAUAUCGUUGAAUCACUUCUCAAUGAGACUGACAUCUCUGUGGUAGUAUUCACUGGCAAUCUAGAUCUCAUUGUUGACACACCAGGUACACUGAAAUGGGUAGAAAAUUUAAAGUGGGCUGGUGCUCAAAGCUGGAAGGAAUCAAAUCGUUCACCCAUAACAGUUAACAGUAUCAUUGAAGGAUACUACAAGAAAUACAGCAACUUCGCAUUUUACUGGAUUACACGUUCUGGCCAUAUGGUUCCAACUGAUAAUCCUGAUGGUGCAAUUUGGCUGUUGAAAGAUGUCACUCAAUAUGAGUAAAAAUAGCCAAGGAAGAAGAAUUGCUGCAAGAUAGGUUUAAUUUUUCUUGGGUAGGCCUAAUAUGUAUUACUAGUAAUUCACAAUAAAUUUUUCACAC